GCAUGAUUUCAAAACGUGAAAAUCAAAAUGGCUGUUCAUCUCGUUUGGCUGGUUUGCUCAAUCGGCCGAUAGAAUAACCGGAAAACUAUCAUUUGAGCAUAACAUACUGUUGUCUUUAUUUAAGAUAUGUUAAAGUUCGUUAUAGGAAGAAAACACGCGGCUAUACAUAAAGAUAUUUUUAACUGUGAAGCUUUGAAAGCAGCGAAGGCGCGGAGGUGGACAGUCAAGAAUAUAUGGCGUGACGUUACGUUGACACGAUUUUGUUUAGAGUUGGUUUGUACAAGAAUACCGGGGUGUUAUUGCGAGAAGAAUUGAUGAGAGAUACCCAGCAUAGAAAGCUCGAGGUCAAAAGAACAUGAGCAAGUCCAGCUCAAAGGGGAGUAGCGCGAGAAUAGGGACUUUACUUGAGCAAUUGCAAAAGCUGUGUCUUGCUGGCUCCGAAGCUAAAUAUGAACAGGAAAAAGUUGAUGUUGAACAGUUACGCUACGUGACAAACAAAAUCCAGCAACUUCUAUCUUCUCAAGAAAAAUGUCGCAAAGAUCUGACAACCAAAUUCACAGAUGGCCUUUCAACAUUGCUGGUUGUGCUAGAGAUGUCAAUGGACACUCAGCUGACUUUAAAUAUAUUGGGCUGUCUGUGUGAAUUGCUAACUACAGGUAAACGGGCAUCUGUUCUGGCUGGCAAGGGUACUGUAGAUAUUAUUCUGAGAGUUAUUGUGAGUGCCAGUAAAGAGACAUCUGUUUGUGAGGAGGUUCUGUUACUUAGCCAUGUCAUUUUAACUAAAGUGGGACCUAAAGAUCGUAAGCUUUGUGUUAAAGCUCGUCUGACUGGAGCUCUUCAAGUCACAAUGAACAUGGUCAAGAAUAACACAACUUUCUUCAAGAUCUUACAACCUGCUCUACAAGUCCUUAAACUAUACUCUGCCAACUCGGUUAAUUGCAAUGCCUUGGCCAAGGCAGGAGCCGUCAGUGUUCUGUUCAGAGUUGUCACUAGUUGUGGUCACAAGAGGGUUAUCUGUUUAAAGCUGGUACUGGAGAUCAUUGCAACUCUUGUUAAGUCAAAGAGUUGUGCCUCGAAGGCUGUCAACUUUGGAGCUGUUCCAAUACUUUUGCAGAUGUUUUGUGAUUGGCAAAGAACAGAUCAUCACCACAGACAGGCCAACAUCAGAAAAGCUAUUCUGAAUGUCAUCAAAAAUAUCACCAUGUCAAGAGCCGGUAAGAAGGCUUUUAUUCAAGCUGAUGGUAUAAAGACCCUGUAUACUUUGUCCCUGGAGACUCUAGAAUGCCGUGAACUUGAGGGAGUAAAUAAUCUGAGCAGCCAGAUUUUACGAAGGUGUUUUCCAACCAACAAGCUGCCAGUGUCAACACUGUCAUCACCUUUGGCAUUUGCUUUGUUAGAUUUGGACAGUGCUGGUCACUCAGCUGCUGAAGAUCUCCUGGAUGAUAGUGGGGAAGGUGAGUCAACUGAUGUUGAAUCAGAAGAAGAGGAGGAUGAAAUAAGUUCUAGUAGUGCCAGUCAAGAUGACAAGGAACUACUUGAUGGUGGAAACAAGCCAGUAAAACCUGAAAGUAAAGCUCCUAAUCAGAACAAGCAAGCCAAACCUCGAGAUGAUCUAGCAAUGUAUGAAAAGUUCUUUCCAGAACUGUUUGAAUUUCAGGCUGAAGUUGCAGAACCAAUGGAGGAUGAAAUGUUUGUGCCAUAUCCAAUAGUAAUUCCAACUGCUGCCGAGGAACCACUUUCAUGUUCACCUACAGGACAAAGCCACCUGUCCAAUCAGCUCGAUUCUAUGAAUUUUGAAAGUCCACCCACCAACUCUGAAGGAAGUCAACCAAAGACUCGAGCAGCAGCUACACAAGAGGAACUCACUCAGGAGGAAAGACCUUGUUCAAUCGAGAACUCCACAGCUGAGAUGGACAACAAUGGACAGAUACAAAGUGUCCUGCCAAUCAUCAAGUCACCUUCACCUGAUGUUCAUGGCCACUACCCACCAGUAGAGCCGGAACCAUUAGGACAGAAGAGAACAGGGCUACAGAGAACUAUGAUCUUCAGGGACAUUGAACGACAGAUUCAUCCACAGAGAGUGAUAAACAAAGUUGUCUUUGACUUGGAUCGUUUAUUGAGGCAGGAACCUGAAGUAGGCGAUAACUGUUUGUUGGCCGUGGCUAAAGAACAACUCAAGUUAGGACAUUCUCGUAAACCUAGCAACUCCAGUGUGUCGGAAGGUGAAAGAUCGUCUCCUGAAGAGACAGCCAGACCAUUGAAAUUUGAAUCACGCUUUGAAAGUGGCAAUCUCCGCAAAGCUAUUCAGGUACGCGAUUAUGAGUAUGAUUUGGUCCUGAAUCCUGACAUCAACUGUAAGCACCAUCACCAGUGGUUCUAUUUUGAAGUUGGUAAUAUGGACGCUGAAAUUCCGUACAAAUUCAACAUUGUUAAUUGUGAGAAGAUUAACAGUCAAUUCAAUUUUGGUAUGCAACCAGUUAUGUAUUCUACAAUAGAAGCUCAAGAAGGGCGAGCUGGUUGGAUCCGAGCGGGAGCCAACGUUUGUUAUUAUAGAAAUUACUUCACACGGAGCCGUGAGGCGACUGGCGGACAGGGCGGCAAAACCUAUUACACGUCAACAUUCACUGUCACAUUCCCACACGCAAAUGAUACAUGUUAUUUCGCUUAUCACUAUCCGUACACGUUUACUAUGCUCCAGAGUCACUUGUUACGCUUAGAGUCCUCUCUAAAUACAAGUGAUAUCUUUUACCGUCGCAUGACCUUGUGCAACAGUUUGGCGGGAAAUCCUUGUGACGUCAUCACGGUCACUGCGCAGCCGCGUCGUAGAGAUGCCAAGUCCAUUGAGUUACUCAGGAGCCGACCAUAUAUAUUCCUCACCAGUCGUGUUCAUCCUGGUGAAAGCAACGCAAGCUGGGUGAUGAAAGGAGUGUUAGAUUUUCUGAUGAGUAACUUCUACACAGCGCGUCACCUGCGGGAGACUUUUGUCUUCAAGAUAGUGCCCAUGCUUAACAUGGAUGGUGUUAUUAAUGGCUGUCACCGAUGCUCUCUGUCAGGUGAUGAUUUAAACAGGCGCUGGAUCAAUCCCAGCAUGCUACUUCAUCCCACUAUUUAUCACGCCAAAGGAUUGCUGUUGUAUUUACAGUCCAUAGAAAAGACGCCCUUGGUUUAUUGUGACUUUCACGGCCACUCACGUAAGAAGAACGUGUUCAUGUAUGGCUGCAGUACCGCUGCCACCAUUGCUGCGAGUUCGUCCAGCUCUGGUGAAGCAGACAGCGGUGACUUGGUGGACUCAGUGAGAGAACGAGUGGCUGAGCUGUCCGGCUCGGACUCCACCAGCAGUAUGGACCCGAGUGAUAUAGACGAAGAUCCCGGAUAUAGGGUGAGGGGAAAACGUCAUGCUACUUUUAACAUUUGAUAUAGAGGAUUGAAAACCUCCUUUUUACGCUCGGUAUCUUGAAGGCGUUGCAUCUUUAUACCUACGAAGAAAAGAAACUUGCAUAGUUUACGUUCUUUUCUUUUACUCUUUUUUCGUAAUCAAUGAUCUCAAACAACCAAAAACUGUUUGCCGGGGAAUUUGAUUUUGGGAAAAACGUUCCUGCGGUGAUAAGAGCCGUCUUUCUCAGAACCUGCUUAUUUAGAUUUUAACGGAGAGAGAAAAUAUGAAUCA